UGCUGUUGUUUUUGUGUCCAAGGCUGUUUAGCGGAGGUUGGAGAUGUGGGGGUGGUCUCAUUGGUAUAAAAUGAUUUAAAAAGGGUUGGUGGCGACUGCGCACAGACUGCGUACAGUUUCACACCAUGUGCUUCACGUCUUUGCCAAGCCAACACAUCUGUCGUUCUGUGCGCAAUGAGCGAGUUUACGUAGACGAUAGACUCUAAGAAAUUGCUUACAUUUAAAACAAACGCACACGUUCUCAAUGCAGGCAGGUGGCAGCGGGUGAUCGUGCGCGCGGAUGUGUUCAGGACAGCCAGGAACAUCUCUGGAGGCGCACUUUUCCCUUCACAGAGCUCACUCAACCUCAUGAAUGACAAUUUGAAGAUAGGCUUCGACCCCACGAGCAAGCCGGUGUUGAUGGAGGAUCAAGGGAACGACACUGGUGCUCUUGGGAACUCCAGCGACCCGUUUGGCCGGAACGAGGAGGUCGCCAAGAUCGAGAUCACGGUGCUUAGCGUGACAUUCGUUGUGGCUGUGGUGGGGAACCUGAGCGUGCUGCUGGCCAUGUACUUGAGCCGACGGAAGCCCUCGCGCAUGCACCUGUUCAUGAAGCAUCUGAGCCUCGCGGACUUGGUAGUGGCCUUUUUCCAGGUGCUACCGCAGCUCUGUUGGGAGAUCACCUUCCGCUUCUACGGGCCUGACUUCCUGUGCCGCAUCGUCAAGCACCUGCAGGUUCUAGGGAUGUUCGCGUCCACCUACAUGAUGGUGAUGAUGACGCUGGACCGCUACAUCGCCAUCUGUCACCCGAUGCAGACCCUUCACCAGCCCACGCAUCGCGCCUAUAUGAUGAUCGGGGCCACCUGGGUGUGUAGUCUUGCCCUGAGCAUGCCCCAGUAUUUUAUUUUCUCCCUGAGCGAGGUCCACCCGGGCUCGGCCGUGUAUGACUGCUGGGGACACUUCAUCCAGCCGUGGGGCGUGCGCGCCUACAUCACCUGGAUCACUGUGGGCAUCUUCCUCGUGCCCGUGGCCGUGCUCAUGCUCUGCUACGGCUUCAUCUGCCGAUCCAUCUGGCGGAACAUAAAGCACAAGACCCAGAAGGGUACUAGCGUGAUGGCACUUGCGACCAGGAAUGGGCUGAUCGGGACGAGUUCAGUCAGCAGCGUCACCACCAUCUCGCGCGCCAAGCUGCGCACAGUGAAAAUGACUUUCGUGAUCGUGCUGGCGUACGUGGUGUGCUGGGCUCCGUUUUUCACAGUGCAGAUGUGGUCGGUGUGGGAUGAGAGCUUCUCGUGGGUAGACUCCGAGAACACCGCGGUCACCCUCUCGGCUCUGCUGGCCAGUCUGAAUAGCUGCUGUAACCCGUGGAUCUACAUGAUCUUCAGUGGCCACCUCCUCUCUGACAUGGUGCACUGUCUGCCGUGCUGCCGGGGGCUGCUCCACAAAUUCGGCCAUCAAGACUCGAACAGCAGCAUCCGCCGCACCACACUCCUGACCCGGGUACCGCCCCCGGCCCUACCCCAUCGGAGCGCAGAGAAAAGCUCUUGCAAAGAUUGCAUCCACAACUCCCACAGGAACUGUCAAUCAAUCCCGGUGGAGUGUUGACCGGGUGCUCACACUGUCUAUAUAUAUAUCGUGCAUGUGGUUCCUGCGCAACACCACAGUGAUGAAGGCUAUCAUAAAUUUAGGGGGAGGCUUAAUGGAAACAAUGUGAACAGAGUCAGUGCAUCCAUCUCUCCCGGAGCUUGUGUUUCUGCUCAGAGAGGUAUUCAACACACAUCAAUCCGUAAGUGGAAAUGUGGUAGGCUAUAGGAAUACCUAGGCUAUAACUAGGUUAUCCUGUCUCUUCUUGCUAAAUGUGAACUGACUGUCAGGAGGCAUCUUAAAACCCAGACAGUGCUAAUAUUUAUGCUCUUACAAGCUCUUAUGGGCCCACACUCAUGCAGCUAUCAGAAUCGUUGCCGUUAACCGGUCAUUCCAAAUGAACCGAGAGGUCCGUCAGUAUGCGUUGUUCAAUAACUCAUCAUAUGCCUAAUAUACACAACCGUUAAAAGGUUUGGGGUCAUUUAGAAAUGUACUUGUUUUUGAAAGAAAAGCACAUGUUCUGUUCAUUAAAAUAAUAUCAAAUUGAUCAGAACUACAGUGUAGACAUUGUUAAUGUUGUAAAUGACUAUUGUAGCUGGAAACGGCAGAUUUUUAAUGGAAUAUUUACGUAGGAGUACAGAGACCCUUUAUCAGCAACCAUCACUCCUGUGUUUCAAUGGCACGUUGUGUUAGCUAAUCCAAGUUUAUCAUUUUAAAAGGCUAAUUGAUCAUUAUAAAACCCUUUUGCAAUUAUGUUAGCACAGCUAGCAUGGCUUUUUCUUUGCUACUCUGCCUAAAAGGCCAGCA